ACGCACGCACACACAUACAUGCACAGCAAGCACCAACGGUUUGGUGCAGUGUUACAUGUCGUUCGGCAAGCGGAAAAGUCGAAUUUCAUUCGGUGUGCCACUAGAGACGGAACAGCGCUGUGAGUUUUCCAAAUAGCACGGAUAUCCCGAAAUCACGUGCUCAUCGUAGACAUCUUGAGUUAUCACCUUGUUACGACAUGGUGAUAUGCUAAUACAUAAAGCACGGUGUGAAUUACUGUUUAUCGGUAAUGGAGAGGUGAUGCUGAAAUAGUGAUCAAAUUAAAGUGAUUGUGUGAAACAAGAAAGUAAAUUGGUGCUGAUUCACAUCAUUGACUGCCGCUAGAUUGCAAGUGACAAAUAUAAAACACGAGGUGUGACACGAAUGCAAUGUGAUUUAUAAUUGUUCGGAUCGAUUCGAACUGUCUUAACAUACGCUUAUAGUCAUAACAAAGAAGUUUGAAUGUCAAAUUGAAACUACAUGCACUGACAUGAAAACAAAGUUGGAAUCUCCUCUAUGGCUCCAGAGGUCCACGUUUUCGCUAGACGCGUACUAACUUCCGGCAACGUCCGGCUGACGGCAGUUGACGAUAGCAUGUCAUCUGUGCAGGAAGUCUAACGGUGUGUGGUGACAGAACAUCAGCCGUCCACAAUAAACAAAAUCGAUGGUGCUGCGAUAAGUUUACUGAACAGUGGCAAAAUAUAUAGUGCGGUUUCUACUCUGGCUAAGAUUGAGAUGAUGGUCACAGUUUAGUUAUGGUGCGUGGUGUAAAUUAUUUUCAGUGAGAUUGGUGUGUCUGGAUCAGCGCUAGAGCUAGUGAUGUGCUACAAUAAAAAUUGUACAGAAUAAUACGUACUACUCUAUUGCUACCCGAGGAAUAUUGUCAUUGUUCGACGAAACCUGAAUCAGGGUAUUCAAAAUGGCUGCACAAGAUAACCGUAAUUUACUGGAGUCCAGAAAAAAUGGAUCAAUCAGUAUAGUUGGAGGAAGAGCUCUCAACCAUGAAACCGAAAAGUCGCCAUUUAUUCCCGAGCCCGUUCGACUGACACCGGCUUGGGAGGAAAACAACCUUCCAAACGAUGAGCUGAAUUUCAAAGGUUUGACCAUGGAACGGGCCAGGAUGGAAUUGCAUCCACCUCGGGAUAAGCUCCUGCUCGUCUUUCUGACGCUCAUGAUACACGGCGUCGGUACACUGAUGCCUUGGAACAUGUUUAUUACUGCCAAAUCGUACUUUGUAGAUUAUAAACUCAGCCAGAAUUAUACUGGAGUGGAAUCAGAGUAUGGUACCUAUUUCCUGUCCUACGUUGGAUUUGCGUCGCAGGUUCCUAAUUUGCUGUUCAACUGGUUAAAUAUUUUCAUGAAUCUCGGGGGUAACCUGACGAAACGCAUCGUUUACAGCAUUCUGAUCGAGGUGAUCGUGUUCGUCGUAACGGUAGUCCUGGCGAUGAUCGAUUCCUCCGAAUGGCCGGGUGCCUUCUUCUGGAUCACUAUGAUAACGGUUGUAAUUCUAAACAUGGCUGGUGGUAUCUAUCAGAAUACCGUGUACGGGAUGGUCGCUAAGCUGCCAUUUAAGUAUACCGGAGCGGUCGUGCUUGGAUCCAACAUCAGUGGCACGUUUGCGUCGAUCAUAGCCAUCCUAAGUUCACAGUUUGCAUCCUCGGUACGGACUGCAGCCAUUUACUAUUUCAUCACGGCAAUGUUUGUACUGCUGUUGUGUUUCGAUACCUAUUUCGCGUUGCCUUUGAAUAAAUUCUACCGCUACCAUGAGAUGUUGCAAGAGAAAGAAGCGGAAACGAACAAGCGAGCCGGAAUCAACGUUGACGGCCGACCGCCAUAUUGGAAAAUCUUCAAGCAGGCGUUCCCACAGUUGUUCAACGUGUUCUUCGUCUUCUUCAUCACACUAUCCGUAUUCCCGGCAGUGCAUUCAGAUAUCAAACGUUCCGACGGUGAUUUCAUUGUUGUAGAUGAUCUGUACGUGAGCAUCACAUGCUUUUUGACCUUCAACGUAUUUGCUAUGCUGGGUAGCUUAACGACAUCUUGGGUGACCUGGCCGAAACCAAAGCAUUUAGUGUGGCCAGUAAUCCUCCGUGCUGCGUUCCUACCACUGUUCCUGUUCUGCAACUAUCGUCCACUGGGAAUUGAACGAGUGCUUCCGAUCUACAUUGAUAACGAUUGGGUCUACUGGGGAGUAGCCGUUGUGAUGGCCUACAGUUCAGGUUACCUUAGCUCUCUGGGUAUGAUGUAUACUCCGCAGUCCGUGGAAUCACGGUACGCUGUCACAGCAGGGAUGUUCGCUGCGGCGAUGCUUAUUACCGGUAUCUUCUGUGGCAUAUUGUUCUCGAUGGUUUUCCCAAUGAUCGUUCAAUACAACAUUCUCGAGUGGUUGCACUAGGGCUGGCGCUGGGGUGUUGGCAUGCUGGCACUGGACAGCUAGAUCAACCCUCUGUCCUCGUCACCAGGCACCUCCCGGGAAUCGCAACAGGUUUCGGUGACACACGACAGACCACCCGCUCGGAGGGGUCACCAUUUUUAUGCUCAACUAUGUUUUUCAACACGUUCAGUUAUAUUCUAUUCUCUUUAUUUUACGUUUGCGUUUCAAUUGUUUGUCCAACCAUCUAUCCUAAACCCUAAACAACACGUUAUGUAUAAACAAAUUAAAAACAAAAGUAUACUUGGCCAGAACUCAAACCAAAAUUGAAAGCGACAUAAAGUCAAAGAUUAAAUUUAGGUAGUCCUCAAAAUUAGGAUUUCAAGUAGAGUCCUGUAGUAAAAAUAAAACAGUAGACUGAUAGGUUUCUUUUCAGGUUAAAUAACAUUAACUAUAUUUAGUAAAGUAAAGUAAUUUACUGAUUUCGUUUAAGUUAUCAUUAUUGUAAUACACUACGUUUUUCCUACUGUCUCCUAGUAGGAAUGAUUUCAUGUAAGUUAUCAUUUCUGUAAUACACUGCGUUUGGUUUUAAGUUUAUUCUAGGUUAACAUUAGUUAAGUUAGAUUUGUAGUAAUGUUGCUGUUUUACUAUAAAGUAUAUUUUCAUAUAAAACUGUUUGUUCAGUUCACAUUGUUUAAAGAACGUUCCUUCUGUUCCGGUUAGUGAUUCUCCAAAAGGUGAACGUUAUGAUCGCUGGUUUUAUUGAUUUAUUAUUUUAUUAGUGGGUAGUAACGAAUGAAAGUGAUCAAAGCACUCCAAAAACAAUGAAUAAUUCGUUAAGUCACCGUACUAAUUCAGUAUGUGAGACUUAUCUGUACCUUGAGUCGUUUACAAAUUUU